UGCUGCAGUGUGUGAAGUGUAAAGUGAGUGUUCGUUUGCAUGCGAACAAUCGUGUCCUGCCGUGGCACACGAUUCUACCAAACUCAGCCCAAGCUACAACUCGACUACUCCACCACGCGCUUUCACCCCUGCCACGACGCCGACUGCACCAUGCGAGCCCUCCAUCUGCUGCCCGCAUGCCUCAUCGCCAGCAUAGCAACCGCGCUCCAGCUGCCCGACUUCCAGCCCUUCCUCCAAGCCCUGCCCGACGUCCUGCAAGACCUCGUGCCUCAAUCGCUGCAGAAUGGGACAGCACACGAGCUGCUCAAGAGGCAGUCGAACGGCUGUCCGGACAGCUUCCGCUCAUGCGCCAAUUUGGGUGCUCCGAGCCUCUGCUGCAUGUCCAAUGCUGUCUGCAGUGCUGACUUCGCCGGACAUGUUGCUUGCUGUCCCAGUGGAGCUGCGUGCACAGGAACAAUAGGCGGUAUCAUUACUGGAGGCACUUUGAAUAGCAAUGGCGCCCCCGCGACCAGCACAGCGCCCGGCGGCUUCGCGACCACGAGUGCCGCCACCACAACGAGCUUCGAAGUCUUCACGAGUUCCGUUAGCAAUGGACUGGUCAUAGCGACUGCGACGGGUAACGGGGAGAACAACGGCUUUGUCAUUGCGGAGAGCAGCAUUGUGGCCACGCCAGGAAGCGCAGGAACACGGAAUGCAGAGAUUCCUUUAAUCGCACGUGCCUUGGUGCAUGUGCUGGAACGUUUACUUCUCUGACCCGCAUAUGCCCACAUUUGACACGAUCACGACCACGACCCCCAGAACCACGACUGUACAGGCGAUGAAGAUACGUAGCGAGCAUGCAUCGAAAAUCUAUCAAUCUUCCGCGUUCGCGGCACCAAAC